AUGGAGCUCCCUGCCGCCGGAGAGCACGUCUUUGCGGUGGAGGGCAUAGAGAAGAAACGCAUUCGCAAGGGGAAGACGGAGUACCUGGUGAAGUGGCGAGGCUGGUCUCCUAAAUAUAACACGUGGGAACCUGAGGAAAACAUUCUUGACCCCAGGCUGCUAGUGGCGUUUCAACACAGAGAAAGACAAGAGCAGCUGAUGGGAUACCGGAAACGAGGACCCAAACCGAAACACAUGCUCCUCCAGGUGCCGUCGUUUGCACGGAGAUCAACGAUCCCUGAUGCACUGGAGGAGGCCCCUCAGGAACCAGAGAGCGGCCCAAAGGAUCCUGUCCUGGUGCAAUGGUCCCAGCCACACUACCAGCUCAACAGUAAGAAGCACCACCAGUACCAGCCCAGCAGCCAGGAGCUCCCUGUCGACCAGAACAUUGGCAAAAAGAAGUUUAUUUACCAGUUAAACAGCAAGAAGCACCACCACUAUGAGCCUGACCCCAGCAUGUACGACAGCCAGGCCUCCAGGCUUAAAGAGGUGGUCAAAGUUCAGGAGGUGCCGAGUAAACUAUCCAAUCCUGGUUGGAACUUACCGCUGGCCCUGCAACAGAAAUGGGUCAGGGACAAAGACACAGGCUGCUUGAGUAAAGUGAAGGAGAUGGCUGUGGAGGUGAGGAAACCAGCGAAGGAGCUUGAAACUGUUGAAAUGGCAAAAUCAGAUCCUAAGGAUACAAGCCAGCCCAGCACUAUCAACAGUAAAAUGAAGAUAAUCAAGAAUAAAAACAAAAAUGGACGUAUUGUUAUUGUAAUGAGCAAAUAUAUGGACAACAAGGUCAAUGGACUUAAGGCUAAACAUGGGGAGUCAUCAGGAGACAAAACGGACAGCACAAAGCCUUCAGAAAACACUCCAAUGCACAGAACCCUCGGUUCAGAGGCGGAUAACGGAAAGUCUCCUCCAGCGGCUGAAAUCCCAAUCAAGUGUUCCCCAAAGGAUCGGCACUUUUCCAAACCAUCCCCAAGCACAGCAGAGGAGAACAAUACGGAGGUGGCACGUGGUCAGGCGGACUUACCUGAUGACUUGCCCUUACAGCUGACCGCCAGCUCACCUCCAGUCUCAUGGACUGUUGAAACCAACAUCCCCACACCCACCGCGGUGGACCAGAUAAGGAUACCCUCUUUCCCCAUUGACCGCAAACGUAAGCUAUCGGAUCCAGUAGAGGAAAGGAGCAUUUCUAAAUCACUCCUGAUGUCCCGCAGCCUGAGUGUGCCCAGUGCUAUGGUCAGCCCUCCUCAGGACGCACCUAUGGACCUUCACUGCAGCCGCUCGCAUGACACUGUAUGCACUUAUCCGAUCGCAGACAGCCAAGAGGAACCCAUGGACCUGAGCUGUCCCAAGAAAACACCUGAACCACAGAGUGACGCAGCAUGGCCACAAACAGAGCGGCACCAGUCUCACGGAGGCACAGUGGCGUCUCUGUGUGUCCACGUCCCCGUCUCGGCUCCCCUUUAG